AUGCCUCCAGCUACAAUGCGUGCCGUCGUCCUGAAGGGCGACUUCCAUGUCGAAGUGGAAGAUAGACCGUACCCGAAGCUCCAGAAGCCCACGGACGCCGUGCUCAAAGUGACCUCGACUGCUCUCUGUGGCUCGGACCUCCAUUUCUACCGCGGACACUUGAAAUGCCCGCCGGGCUUCGUCUGCGGCCACGAGUUCGUGGGCACCAUCGCCGAAAAGGGCGACGCGGUCACCAACUUCCAGAUCGGCGACAAGGUCGUGGUCCCCUUCUACACGGCCUGCCAGGAGUGCUACUACUGCGUGCGCGGCCAGGCCAGUCGGUGCAUCAAGGGCGAACUGUUCGGAAACUCGGUCCCGGCCAACACGGUCGACGGUGGGCAGGCCGAGUACGUGAGGGUGCCGUUGGCAAACACCACGUUGGUCAAGGCCCCGUCUGGGAUCCCAGAGGAAAUGCUCGUUCUGAUGGCCGAUAUCUUCCCAACGGGCUACUUCGCGGCGUCGCGGUUCUUGAAGAACCUGCCGCAGCGCGACCGCGACGAGUUCACCACGGUGGUCAUCGGGUGCGGGCCUGUGGGUAUCUGCGCCAUCACCUGCGCGCUGACGAUGGUCAAGACGGUGUACGCGAUCGACUCGGUGCCCGAGCGGCUGGCCGAGGCGGAGAAGAUCGGGGCCAUCCCGAUCAACCUGAACGACAACCCUGUGGAGAAGAUCAAGGCGGCGAGCGGCGGGCGCGGUGCUGACGUAGUGCUCGAGGUGGUCGGACAUACCGACGCCUUCAUGCUGGCCUUCGACAUGAUCCGCCCCUUUGGCCAGAUCUCUUCCAUCGGCGUGCACACCGAGAUGAUCCCGCUUAACGGCCUGCUGUGUUACGGCAAGAAUGUCACCAUGGCCUUUGGCCGGUGUCCCGUGCGCAGCAUCUUCGAGGACGCCCUCGAUAUCCUGGUCAAGGAGCAGAAAAAGGUCGCGUUCCUCUGCGGCCGCACCAUGUCCCUCGAGGAUGCGCCCCAGGCCUACAAGGACUUCGAGGCCAGGAAGGUCCACAAGAUCGUCUUCAAGAUGCCUGGCGAGCAGACCGGCCAGGCUGUCGCGGACAAGGUGUAA